AAAUAAAAAUUUAAAAAUUUAAAUUUUAUUGAGUUUUUGGAGGAAAAAAAAAAAAAGAUUUUUAAAUCCGAUGAUGGCGUUGGGAUUUUCAACGCGCGUAAUCGCCGCCAUCGUCGUCCUCUCUUGGGCCGCCGUGGCGGCGCCGUUGCCGGCGACGAAGGGUUUCAACGUGAAGACGCUCAGCUUCGACGAGGGUUAUGCUCCGUUAUUCGGCGAUGGUAACCUCGUCCGCUCCUCCGAUGGCCGCUCCGUUCGUCUCCAUCUCAAUCAAUACUCCGGAUCGGGGUUCAUCUCAUCGGAUUUGUACCAGUACGGGCUGUUCAGCGCGUCGAUCAAGCUGCCGUCCGAUUACACCGCCGGCGUCGUCGUGGCGUUCUAUACUUCCAAUGGAGAUAUGUUUGAGAAGACUCACGAUGAAUUGGAUUUGGAGUUUCUUGGGAACAUCAAAGGGAAGGAGUGGAGAUUGCAGACCAACGUUUAUGGGAAUGGAAGCACUAGUAGGGGCAGAGAAGAGCGUUAUCUUCUCCCAUUUGAUCCCACUGCUGAAGCUCAUCGCUAUUCCAUUCUCUGGACCUCUGACACCAUCAUAUUCUACGUUGAUGAUACCCCAAUAAGAGAAGUGAAGAGAAGUGAAGCUAUGGGAGCUGAUUACCCAACCAAGCCCAUGAUGCUUUAUGCCACCAUUUGGGAUGGUUCAUCCUGGGCCACAUCCGGUGGCAAGUACAAAGUUAACUACAAAUACUCACCUUUCAUCUCUGAAUUCUCCAGCCUAGUCCUCCAGGGCUGCCGUAUGGACCCAAUUCAACAACUCCCUGUCGAUGAGCAAUGUGCCGAUGCAGAGGCUGAGCUUGCUGCUGCAGACUAUUCGAGAAUGACACCGGAUAAACGUCAAGCUAUGCGCAAAUUUCGUGAACGCUACAUGACUUAUUCCUUCUGCUAUGACACUCUAAGGUACCCUAUCACAUUCCCUGACUGUGACAUUGUUCCAGCAGAGCAGCGUAGGUUCACAGAGACUGGUGAUAUCAAGAACAUGCCUCGCCGCCGUCGAUCCAAACAUCGGAGCAAGUUCUUCUCUGGUUCUGUAGAUUCUGAAAGACAAGCAGACAUAUGAUCACUGAUAAAUUCUUGGUGAGUAGUACUUCAUUACAGGAUCAAUUUGAUAGGAUGAAAUUGAAUUUCUACUACAUUGUGAUAUGUUGUGCUUAGAGCUUCUCAUCUCUUAUUUUUUGGUCUGUUAUUAUUAUUAUUAUUAUUUGUGUUUAUUAUUGUUGUUGUUGUUGUUAAUAAUCAGUGUACAGGGAGUGGUGGUUUAUAAGUUUAAUUAAUUAUUAUAGGUUUAUAUCUGUUACUAUAAAUAAAAGAAAAGGGGAGGUGGUGGUGUAGCAGUACUCUCAUUAAUGUUC